CCAGCCCUGCCCCUCAGCAGACCCAGUGGGCUCAAGACUCUCCUGGAACCACCUCCUCUCACCCACAGCGGCUGGUGGGCAGCGCCAUGCAGCUUUUGUGGCUCUGCUGGGUACUCUGGGUGCUGCCCCUGGCCAGCCCUGGGGCAGCCCUGACAGAGGAUCAAGUCCUGGGCAACCUGCUUCAGCAGCUGGGGCUCCGCCAGGCUCCCGUCCUGGACAAGGCCGAAGUGCAAGGGCUGUCCAUCCCUGCUCACGUGAGGGCCGAGUACGUGGCUCUCCUGCAGCGUAGCCACGGGGACCGCUCCCGCGGGAAGAGGUUCAGCCAGAACUUUCGAGAGGUGGCCGGCAGGUUCCUGGCGUCCGAGGCCUCCACGCACCUGCUGGUGUUUGGCCUGGAGCAGCGGCUACCGCCCCGCAGCGAGCUAGUGCAGGCGGUGCUGCGGCUCUUCCGGGAGCCGGCGCCCAAGGCCGCGCUGCGCCGGCUCGAGCGGCUGUCCGCGCGCGGCGCCCGGGUCCGCGUCACCAUCGAGUGGCUGCGCGUCCGCGACGACGGCUCCAAUCGCACGUCCCUCAUCGACUCCAGGCUCGUGUCCGUCCAGGGGAGCGGCUGGCUGGCCUUCGACGUGACCGAGGCCGUGAACUUCUGGCAGCAGCUGCGCCGGCCCCGGCAGCCUCUGCUGCUGCAAGUGUCGGUGCAGAAGGAGCUGCUGGGCUCGGCGGCCGCCGGCGCCCACAGGCUGGUCCGCUUCGCGGCGCAGGGCGCGCAGGCGCAGGGAGAGCCCCAGCUGGAGCUGCACACGCUGGACCUGCGGGACUACGGAGCUCAAGGCAAUUGUGACCCCGAGGCAGGGGUGGCCGAGAGCACCCGCUGCUGCCGCCAGGAGACCUACCUGGACCUCCAGGGGAUGAAGUGGGCUGAGAACUGGGUCCUGGAGCCCCCGGGCUUUCUAGCCUACGAGUGUGUGGGCAGCUGCCUGCAGCCCCCGGAGCACCUGACCUUCACCUGGCCGUUUGUGGGCCCACGGCAGUGCAUUGCCUCAGAGACAGCUGCGCUGCCCAUGAUCGUCAGCAUCAAGGAAGGAGGCAGGACCCGGUCCCAGGUGGUCAGCCUGCCCAACAUGAGGGUGCAGAGGUGCAGCUGCGCCUGGGAUGGGGCACCUGUGCCAAGGGUGCUUGAGCCGUAGGUGCCCGACACAGCCAACUGAGCCUCUGACCAGACCAGCACAGAGAAGCAGGUCUUAUUGUGGGUCUUGGUUUGUUUGUUUUGAGACAGAAUCUCGUUAUAUGGCCCAGGCUGCCUUAAACCUGAAAUCCACCUGCCUCAGCCUUCUGAGUGCUGGGAUUACAGAUGUGUGCCACCAUGCCCAGCUUUAAUGUAGGUUUGAAUUUUUCACUUAGCAAUUACCCUUGUCCCAAUUUAGUGCCCUGUAUUACCUUGGCCCUGUGUUCUUCCAUUUCCUGUCCUUAUUGCCAUGCACUCAUCCUAAGCACUUAACACUUCCCAUCAUGCAGCUCAGAGGGUGAGCUGUAGGAAGAAAUCUUGGCUACUUAGCAGAGGAUCUGGCUGAGCAAUGGACAAAUUUUCAGCUCAGAAAAUUGUUCUCUGGAAAAUUCUCAACUGGAACAAAAUUCUGCUGAGAACCAAGGAAACAGAGCACAUUUACCCUAUUACAUGAAUUAAAACAAUUUUUAAUUUUUUUCCUAGAUAGGAUGGAUAUUUGAAAAGGAACCCCCUCAUUCCCUAAAUACAUCCUUAGAUUUCCUGUAAACAUACCUAGGUUCUCAGUCCCUGGGAGGGUGUGUGGAAGGAGGAUGCAGGGUUUCAGGCUGGGACAAUAGACAGAAACAGGCCACCUGUUUUCUGGAUUAGACAGGGACACAAGCUGGGACCUCAGGCAAGUGCAGAGGUUUCCUGCCACUGACCCAGGGAUCUGAUAGUCUCUAGCAUCACCCACUACUCCAGAGACUAAACUGCCUGUGCAUAUUUGGGUUGCCCCCACCAUUUUAGAGAACCUAUCACCAGAAACCAUGGGUGCUUACCUGCUGUUUUCUGUAUUUAGCAAAAACAAGUAAAUGUAGAUAAUCUGAAGAAGCAAAAUAAAAGUGAUAUUUUACUGUUUCUGUA